AUGGAGCCCAACAGCCCCCGCAAGAUCCAGUUCACGGUCCCGCUGCUGGAGCCGCACCUGGACCCGGAGGCGGCCGAGCAGGCAGCCCGCCUCAUUAGGGAAUCCUCGCUGGGAAAUGCGGCUGGCGGAGCGCUCAGUUACUGGGUCAGCGGGGAAAGGGGGCGCGGGGUCAGCGCUGUCCCCACCGCCACCGCUGUCCCCAUUGCCAUCGCUGUCCCCACGGCCACCUCUGUCCCCACCGCGGCCACCAACCCCCGCAAAAGGCAGCGGCGGGGCCGGAGCGGCUCCGGGUGUGACCUUGGGCAAGGACAGCGGCCGCAGAGGAAGGGCAGGGCCCCGCCGCUGUCCCCGUGUCGCUGUCCCCACGCCGCUGUCCCCACGCGCUUCCCGCGGCCGGAUCCGGAGGCGCCGCCCGACCCCGGCCAACCUGGUCCUGAGCAGUGA